AUGGGUAAUUGCGUAUUCAAAGGCUUCCAUCAUGGAGAUUUCGAAGACACCAAGGUAAGAAUCGUAACAUCAAAUGGAGGCAUCAUGGAACUUUACUCUCCCAUAACGGUUGAAUGCAUAACCAACGAGUUUCCACAUCAUGGAAUUUUCAAAAACAAUUGCAACAUACGCUCUAAACCUCUCAUGAAAAACGAAGAGCUUCAAGGUGGUGAAGUUUACUAUCUUCUCCCGCUCAAACACAUGACAAACAAACAAUUUGGUGAGACAUUCGAAACUUUAACUCCGUAUCGAAUGUCCACGUGUGACAGGAGUAGUAGCAACAACAAUGGUAGCAAUAUGUGGUCGGAACAUGAAGUGUUUCCGAGGUACAAUAGUGGUGGGGUGUGGAAGGUGAAGCUGGUGAUUAGUCCGGAGAAGUUGUCGGAGAUUUUGUCGCAGGAGUCGAGGACGGAGGCGUUGAUUGAGAGUGUAAGGACGGUGGCUAAGUGCGGUAAUGGGGCGGCGCCGUCGUCCGUGGCAUGCUCUGAUCAAUGGAGUGUUUCUAGUAGUUUUAAAGGUUCUAGUUUAUUAGAAAAGUUUAAUUUAGAAUCUUCAAGUUCAAAUUAG